GAUAACAUGAAAAGUGACAUUGACUCGGCGACGUACGAGUUUGUUCUUCGCUGAUUUAUGGUUAGCUUUUUAAUUUUUAGUUAAUUUAGUUAUUCAAUUUAGAAAAACGAUCGAAUCGUAAUAAUUUUCGAAAACGUUCGAACAUAGUGCGGUGUUCCAAUCACUCGACAGUUAAGAACUCAAUGAUGGUAUGUUAGUGUAUGAUUAUUAAAAAAUCCAAUAUUCACUUCGAUAGAACGCCUAAUCAGUGUUAGAUCAAAUCCUGUAAGUUGAUAUACUUUUCGAAAAUACUAUUAUUAAACCGUGAAAAUGUUGGCACGUACAUCAAUCUUACAACCCUUCAUUGGGCAACAACAGCAAUACAGAGGUAUGGCAACCUUGAAAGCCAUCUCUAUUCGACUGAAGUCGGUCAAAAAUAUCCAAAAGAUCACCCAAUCAAUGAAGAUGGUGUCAGCUGCGAAAUAUGCUCGAGCUGAACGAGAACUUCGUCAAGCCAGACCCUAUGGUGAAGGAAGUACUGUAUUCUAUGAAAAACUGAAACCCGAAGUCUCAGAGGAACAGCCUAAAAAAUUGAUUGUUGCUAUCACCUCAGACCGAGGUCUUUGCGGUGCUGUUCAUACCACUGUAGCUAGACAAAUUCGUAAUGAAUUGCAGGAGGGCGGUGAAAACAUCCAAGUCGUUUGUAUUGGAGAUAAAUCUCGCGCAAUUUUGCAACGUUUGUACGGAAAAAAUAUCGUUCUAGUAGCGAACGAAGUUGGUAGAAAACCACCAACGUUUUUGGAUGCGGCUCGUAUUGCUGAACAGAUAUCUAGACAGCAAUAUACUUCUGGUAAAAUAGUAUACAACCGAUUCAAAUCGGUAGUAUCGUAUGUUACUUCGGAAUUACCGUUGUAUAAUAAGGAAGCCGUUGCCGCUUCGCCCAACAUCGCGCUCUACGAUUCAGUUGAUGAGGAUGUGUUACAAAGUUAUAUGGAGUUCUCAUUAGCUUCCUUGUUAUAUUAUACUUUGAAAGAAGGAGCCUGCAGCGAACAAUCAUCCCGUAUGACUGCCAUGGAUAACGCUAGUAAAAACGCCGGAGAAAUGAUUGAUAAACUCACAUUAACAUUCAAUAGAACUCGACAAGCUGUCAUUACUCGAGAGUUGAUUGAAAUUAUUUCGGGAGCUUCAGCUCUUUAAUUGUAUUUAAGUAUCGUCAGCAACUAUAUUUUUCCAACAUCUGUUUCUAAUUUGUUAAUUGAUUAAAAAUUGAGUAGUUAUGGAUUGUAAAAAUUUACGUGAAAUAUAUUCGUAAUUUAUCAUGUUGAUUACUGUAAUGCUUCGUGAUCUGUAGAAUAAACGGUUGAUAAAUUUU